AUGAAGGAUGGGCCAUGUAACGGCUGCUUCAGCUUUUCCCAUCUCCUCUUUCCAGGCUGUGAGCUGACUGCCAAUACCAAAUCCUACACGUUUCAGGUGGAUGAGGAAGAUGACUCUGACCACAUUUUGGCCCUGUCUGUGGUUUGCCUCACGGAUGGUGCCAAGGACGAGUGCAAUGUGGUGGAGGUCGUUGGGCGAAACCACGAGAACCAGGAGAUCGCUGUCCCUGUGGCAAAUCUGAAGUUGUCAUGCCAGCCCUUGCUGAGUCUGGACAACUUCAAGCUGCAGCCUCCGGUCACCUUCCGCCUGGCAGCGGGCUCUGGCCCGGUACACCUCGCUGGCUGGCACCGCAUCAUGCACAGGGAAGAUGCUUCCUUUGAGGAGGACGAUGACUUGUCUGAGGAGGAGGAGGAGGAGCUUGCUCCUAUCAUGCCAGCCAAGAAGUAGAAGAGGAAGCAGUAACUUAUCUCCAGGCAAGGUACUCGCUGGUAUUCUCUGCCCGGAUGGCUUUUACCUCGGACACCUCUUGCCAGGAUCUCAACAUUUGCUGCUUUGGGAUUUUGUAUUUGUUUGUUUGGGGUUUUCUUUUUGUUAUUUUUUUUCUGUUGUAACUUUUUGGGGAGCAGGAGCUGCUCCCAGCACCUGGGUGUCUCCUUUCCCACAGCUGUGGGAGGUUGAUCCCAAAACUGGAUCGAUGCUGCUGGUCUAUUCUGUCUCCCCCAUCCCUGUGUUGGGUGUCAGGGAUGGAGGAGGUGAUCCUUGCCCUGUGCCUUUUUGCUGUCCUGAACCUCUGCUCUGUGCACCCCCUCUCCCUAGCUCUGAAACACCCGGUCCUGGCCCUUUCCCCAGCAGAUGGACGUAAAGCCAGUGGUGGGACAGGCACUUCCAUUGAUUCUAGUGUGUUUGCUUUUCUUAACUCACAAUUUGAUGGU